UAUUAAUAUUUUAUUUAUUUAUAUGGAUUACGAUAUAAAUUUUAAAGUUCAUUACGAAGUGAAAUAUGGAAUGCCAUCUACAUUUACUAAGAGAUUCGGAUUGUAUUGCAAUGGGAUUUCUUCCACAUUCUCAAAGGCUCGUGUUGAAGAUAAGAAUAUUGAGGACAUUCGCAAUGAAAUCAAAGGUAAAAAUCUUACCAUAAAGUCUACCGAAUACAAAGAUUUACAAGGCGACAUGAUUCUGAUAGAUAUUGAGUCGAAUAAAGAUAUGAAAUACGUCGUUAAAUUAUUUGGCAGACGACUUAUAGAAUUCUAUGUGAAGGGUGAAAAUACUGACCCUUUAAGCAAUUUUGAUGAUGAUACUGCCGAACUAUUAGCAAAAAUAAAGUAUGAAUGGGAUACCCAAAUGCCCUAACAAAAUGACAUUUUUAUGAAUAUUUUUUA